GCAAAUGGGAUCGCCACUCCCAUGGUCUCCGUCCGAAUUGAAUUCCGGCAUCCCGGACACGGAUUAACGGGGGACUUUAUGCACUUCUUUACUUGCCACGUACGAUGUAGCGGUAGUUCAGGGUUGCGCGAGCCCAUUCUCCGCCGGAGAUUGCAUGUGCGCGGCAACGAACCUACUUGAAAUGCCCUGCCAUGUGACAAUUCCGGUAGCCGUGGUUGUCGAAAGGGUCCGCUAUUGUUUCGGCUUGUAAUGCGUGCACGUGUGGGUGGUUUAAUUAAUGUAAUUGAAGUGACUCCGGUGCGAGAGAAAAAAAAGAUAAGCGCGAAACGCGCGAGCUUGAAGAAGUAUGUACGCACCACCACGGUUCCGCGUGCUUUCAUGAAACUAAAAUAAUCGCGUUAUUUGACUAAAUUAAUGGAGACUCGGGAACACAACAUUUGUGUUUUAUUCUCGUGAAUUGUUGCCACACUAGAAGCUUUUAAUGGAAAAAAUUGUUACUUUUAGCAAAACAAAAUUUAUUUGUAUUAUCAUAUCGCAUUUUUUACCUGUGUGACAAAUAGAACGAUAAGUUAUAUUUUUUAAUAAACAAACGUAACAAAGAACAAAAAUUGUUUAGUAAAAUGUUGCUGAAAAUUAACUAAAUAAGCUUGCCGUAUCUUGAAUAAAAUUUUCACGAAGUUAAAGCAACUUUUCGAAUAAUAAAUGAUCUACCUGCUACAGUCGUAUAAUAAAAAUUGCAUCAUGAGAUAGCGCAAGAAAUCCUUUGAUACAAGCUACUAAACUUAAGCUACUGGAUUAAAUAUUUAAAUUAAGCUCAUCUUAUUGGCGUAUUAUUCAUUAUACCGCAUUAAAAAUCGAUACAAUUAAAUACAUAUUCGAUUCCUCUUGCACGAAUUGUAAAGAAUAUCUAGGACAUAUUUCACAACAUUUUUGUUUGCUAAAACUGCGAUCUAAUCCCACGAGUUUGAUUUGCAUCACUGAGUGACUAGUACCGUAAACCACCGUUGAUCUUGAAUUGACUAUACGCUACGCUAGAUACGCUAAGGCCAUGUGAAAUCGAUGGUAUUCGGUUCGGCCGAGCGAUUAUCGUGCGAUAUAAAAGAGCUGAUAUUAUUGCGCGAAUAUCACAGUGCAUGCCGGCGCGUUACUACAUCAGAAGUCCCUCUGUCUUGUGUCUACUCCAUUUACUGAGGUAUACAUACAAUUUCGAGUAAAUUCGUGGAUUGAAUUGGAGUACCCGGGCUUCCACAAGCAACGGGGACAUCCACAAAACAAAUGAAGAUCUAUGUAGGAUGGUAUGCCGCUUACGCUGUGCUCUGCGUUUGCGCGCAUCCGUCGAGAGACCGACCUAACGAGAUGUACAUUAGCAGCUCGAGAUCGUUUAAUCCAAAAUCAACAGCUAAUGGUUUCGAGAAGCAGCUAUCUGCGACUGAAUUGUUCAAGAUCUUCGAGGAUAGUGAAGAUUUCGAGGAGGAAGAGGAACCGUCAACAAUGAGAGCGAUCGUUACGAGGGCAAAGACUAGGCCGGUUCUACUACCCUUGAUCAUAGAACCCGAGGCGGAAAUGUUGCCGGCCGGUUACAGAGGCGUGAAGCCGCCUGGAGUCACCCAUAUGGAACUUGCGUUCCUGAAACCGCAAAUAAGCCCAUCGGGCCGCAAGAGUGCGACAUUACGGGCUUCGACGCCGGAUGACGAGAACUCCGGUAAAUCCAGCGAAUUUAAUCGAGAUAACGACGCGCAUUAUGCUGCGACGAAGCAUAAGACGCAAGCCGCAAGUGAUGACCACGCUAACGAUAGCCUCACCGUUGUCGAGGUAGGUUCAAAGGGCGACACAAGAAAGCAGAACGAGAUGGCCGAGUACAGAGAAGUUUCCGGCGUGAGUAAAAGCCAUUCCGAAAAUGAGAAUCGCGCGAAGAAUCAUAAAGAAGAAGUCGUAAAAAAGAAGGAAGCUACCUACGAGACCGGAGAUGAUCACGAGAAGGCCCGUAACACCGCCGGAUAUAGCAACGUUUAUCACAAAGAUGAGUUCAAGAAAGACGCUGAUUUCUACAAUAACGGGCAUCAAGGUGGGCAUUUCGAGAAACACGGUCGAUAUGACGAAAGACACGCUGCUGCUAAGGGCAAAUAUGCAAAAGGCAGAAGUAACGGUUCUAGAUUCAUCGAGGAAGCCAACAAACAAGCUAACAGAGAAAGUUCGAAGAAAAGACGAGAGACAACCAGGAAGCCCAAGGUCACCCUAAGACAGAUUCCUUAGGAACUUGGGCGGAUUCACGAAGCAGACGGGCUUAACAAAGAGUUGAAAGUUCGCUUUCAGCAACGACGACCUAAGUUAACAUGUUAUGACGCUCGCGUGAGUCAUAAUUGUAUAGUAGUUGUUAAUUCAAAGAUACAAUUAUUCAAACAAAUAUUACACCGUAUUCAUAUAUUUAAUAAUGCACGUACAUUUAUCCAUAGGGGUUUCAUGUAUACACGCGCGAUUUAGUACAAUAUAAAAUUAUAUAAACGCGAAUUUUCUUUCCCCUUUCGUUUUUGUAUUUUAUUAAUAAAUCGAUUAAAAACAAACAUAUUAUUUGUCAUUUUAAUAUCGUCACAAUUUUAUAAUUAUAAGAAAGAAUACAUAAAUCGAUGUCCUCGUUACAUUCAUCAAAUUCAUCGAUUUUUAAUUCAGCAAAAAAUUUUUAAUUAAUAAUCAAGCAACUGAAGAGCUUCGGCAAUAAAUUUAAUUUCUCCGAUUCAUCACAACGCAAUGAUCCUUGUUUUAUUUACGCAACCGAUAGGGAUAAUUGAACACCCAAUCGCAAUCGGCCGCGGCCGGCGGUUAAUGGAUGUUAAACAAUACCCGCAUUGUUGUGCCCGAUGAAUUGCAAUCUUUCGCGAGUGGUCUCGCCGCGAAAUGAGAAUCAAGGUACAUAAUUGAUGCAUAUAGGAGUCGUUGUAUCUCCCCGCGUUCUCGUUGCGGGCUCGCCACCGGAGCGCCCGCGAGGGCAUUCCACUUCGGUAACCUAUACCUAUCGGUCUCCUACCAACUCCGCUCUAGUCUGACUACGAUAUAUAUAUAGAUAUAUGUAUAAAGCCCGCAUCCCCUUCGUGGCUCAGUGAGCUCGGGUUCCCCGCAUUCAUCAACAAUAAGCCGCGGCACCUACCGUCCUCGCAUACGUAUCUGCGAGAACCACCUUAUGUAGGUACGUGUGUAUAUUCGCGCGGUAGCUAUGCCACCCUCUCCCUACGCACACACGCCGUGUCGAUGCGUGUACGUGCACGCACGCGAUGGUUGUAUUUUAUAUGUAUCUGUCGGUCUAUGUACACGGUGUAUAUAAAGGUGCAUGUAUAUCGGAAGUGGUGGAACGCGGCGCGAAUACAUAAAUCAGAUGCCGCUCUGCAGGCUGCCACCCAUAUCACUUCGUACAACGGCCAUGAAUGAAUAGAGCCGUGUUUGAGUUAUCGUCCGACCUGGUCUUCCAGAAACUGCGGAACGCCGGCGUUAAGUUUUACCGCUCGGAAUGCUUCUUAAUGGAAGUGAAACGCGUUCCCCUUUAACUGCUUUAACACGCUGUAUGAAUUUCCGCAGAAUUCAACACAGAAUUCGAGUAAAGCGACUACGAACGUUAUCUAAUUACAUAAGUUGUCUUAUUUUGGUAUUUUGUAGUUCAAUCAAUGUUCUCGCGAAACCUUGGCGCGUACGUAACGAACGUCAGCUCUCGGAUAAUUUACGUCAAAGAAGUAGAUCUGACAGUUUACCUCGACGGCGACGUUUUAUCCCGAGAAGAAAUGCAAUUUAUCUUCUGAUAAUCUCCAAUCCUUCGAAAGCGGACGUUCGCCUCGUAUCUUGCCCUCCUUCCUUUUUAUUUGACCGUCGCACGUCCGAUGCGCUCGUGUGAUUCUCCGAGAACGCCUGAUUUCGGCGAUCUGAUCGCCUUUUCGCGAUAGUUUAUUGUCACCCGUUUAUCUUCACUGGGAAAAACUCUAGCAGUGAAACAACGAGAAAGUCUACCAAAAACCACAUUCUGAAGUUUGAGGUUUGUUUCGCAAUUUGUGUGAAUGACAUAAAGUUACGCGAGUAUCAUAAAAAAUUGACAGAAAAGUAUGGAGUACACCGUAGAGGAGCGCAGGAAACGUAAAUAAUAUAUUUAAUUUAUUACAAGUACGUAUGUGAGUUCAGACGUUAUCAUUUAUUAUUAAUAUGCGAAAAAGAGCCAAGUAAGUAACUUUCGUUUUUAUAUGGUUUAAAUACCUCGCAUUACAUAUCUACAAGGUAUACAUAUAAAAUAAACCUAAAAAUAAAAAAAUAAAAAUAAAAA